GCCUGCUUUUCGCCACGCAAGUAAUAACCUCAAAAUUCUAAAGUGUCAUUUUACUGUCAAAAUUUUUAUAAAUAAAAUAUUUUCUUUAGUAAAUAUUAAUUUAUUAAAUUCGCACAAAUGAGCGAAAAUGAGCAAUUCGAAAAUAGUUACUGACAAUUUAAUAAAAUGGGACGAUUCGUCGAUAAAUGCCCUCGCGCCAUUGACGAUAAAUCAAAAAGAAUGGUUAGAAAAUUUAGAGGAAGAAAUUUUAUUAUCUGAUUCUGUCAAUUUUAAUGAAACUCCCGAUAAAAGGAAUUUGGGAGAAAAUAAUCAUUUUAGUGGAACUGUCGAAAGAAUUGAGACUUGUCAAGAAUUAUUACAAUGCUAUACCGAAUUGGAGAAAAAAUAUAUUUUGGCAGAAGAUGCAAAGUACAUGACGUAUCUCAAGCAAUUAACGUGUCGUCGGGAGGAAUGUGACAAUCUACACUCGGAAAUUGGAAAAUCUUUGGCUGACUUUUCGACACUUUCGAAGCAAUACAGUUUAGUAUCGGGAAAAACAACAUCUUUGUACGAUGCAAGUGAACAAUUGAUUGCCGAUCAGGAGACAUUGAACACUUUAACGAAUAGUGUCGCGGAGUAUAUAAAAUAUUUCAAAGAAGUUGAUAUUAUCAUGGAUAAAUUAGACGCUCCAACACUUUCCGUUAACAGUGAAGUAUUCUUCAAUCUCAUCAACAAAAUCGACACGAACAUGGACUUUAUGCAAAAUAAUCCAACUUUUAAAGAGAGUGCAACCUAUUCGAUGAAAUAUCGUCAUUGCCAAUCCAAAGCAAUUACGUUAAUAACCAACUAUAUUUUCAAAUCUUUAGCAAAAGCUACGGAGAGCAUUUUAAAUUCCAAAACUGGAGGUUUAGAGGAAAAUUCCGACGCGACUUUGGCUUUGUUUUACGGUCGAUUCCAAACGACUCUACCAAAAGUGAAAUCAAUUAUCGAGAGGAUCGAAGCGAUGUCGUAUAAGCGACAAGAGUACGAUACACUUUUGACAGAAUGUCAUCAGUACUACUUAAGCCAAAGAGGAUUGGUUCUUGGACCGAGUGUUCAAAAGGCGUUGCAAUCAGUCAAGGAUAAAUGUAAUGGCGAUCAUUGUAGUCUUGUGCGACAUUCUUGUGCAUUACUCCUUCAUGCUUCCAUCGACGAACAUAGAUUAUUUUAUCAAUUUUUUACAAAAUUCUCGCCAAGUUUGACUGCUUAUUUAGAAGGUCUUUGCACAUCUCUCUACGAUACUUUACGACCAUUUAUCAUUCACAUCAAUCAUUUAGAAACUCUAGCCGAGAUUUGCUGUAUUCUCAGGAUAGAAAUGCUCGACGAGCAUGUACAAAAUAAUUUCGAACCUCUACAGGGCUUUGGAAAUAUUUGCCUCCAAUUGUUACACGACGUUCAGGAAAGAUUAGUCUUCCGUGCACAUUUAUAUUUACAAACGGAUGUCGCUGGUUAUAAACCGUCGCCUGGCGAUUUGUCAUAUCCGGAGAAAUUGAAAAUGAUGGAAGAAAUUGCCCAAUCGAUACGCGAAGAAACGAGGCAAAUUAAAUUAAAGAGAAUAUCGGUUUCGUCAAUGGAUAGUAAUAUUUCGGAGCCAAUUUCAAGAACACACUUGACAAUGGAUCCGUAUUAUCAGAGAAGUAAUAUGGGCAAUUCACCGGCUGAUCUUCAUGGAAUGUGGUAUCCGACAGUGAGAAGAACACUCGUUUGUUUAUCGAGACUUUAUCGAUGUGUUGACAGGCCUGUUUUUCAAUCUCUCAGUCAGGAGGCGAUUACUCUUUGCGUUCAGAGUAUCGAGGAGGCAAAACAACAAAUUCAAUCGCGAGCCACUCAAUUGGACGCUGAACUCUUUCAAAUCAAACAUCUUUUGAUUUUACGAGAACAAAUCGCACCCUUUCAGGUGGAUUUUACGGUCAAGGAAUACAGUCUGGAUUUCUCGAAAGUGAAAACAGCAGCUUUUGGAUUACUCGAGAAACGUUCGCGUCUGUUUACACUAUCUAACAAUGCCCUUUUGGAAUUUCUUUUAGAAGGCGCUCCUCAAAUGAAGGAGCAUUUGAUCGAUUCACGUAAACACGUGGACGCUAAACUUAAAUCCACUUGUCAAAGACUGAUUCAGUAUUCGACGAAUUUAUUAAUCGAACCAGUACUGAAAUUAUUGGAAAAAGCAAAGAUUACUGGUGAGAAUAAAAAUCCGGAAUUAGGAACUGCACAAGAUGUCGCCGCUUCUGUUAGCGAAGCAAUACGAUUGAUAAAAUUUAAAUUACCCGGUCUUCAACAAUCAAUGCAAUUAUAUUUAGCAAACAAAGAAACGGAAUGCAUUUUAUUUAGACCAAUUAAGAAUAAUAUUGUCGCUGCUUUUACGCAAUUAUUGCAAAUUUUAAAUACCUGUUAUAAUUCGGAAGAUCUUAUGUUAAUUGCCUGUCCAAUUCCAGAACAAAUUUCCGUAAUGUUAAGUUCAUCGAGUCUUAUUACACAGGGAAAAAUGAUUGAUCAAGAAAAACCGAAAUCUAGUGUCUCAAUGGAAAAAGAAGAAACGUGAAUUUGUGUGAGAGCUUUCAUUUUUUUAAUUAUAGGCGUUUGUAAAUAUUGUUUUUAAAUUGUUCGCAAUAUAGAGUAUUUUUUACUGUAAAAAAAAGAUGAUGUAAAUAUAAAAACUGCAGUGUACAGUUUCAUGGUGUAAAUGAUAAUUUAUACAGGAGAGAAAAUUAUUAAAGCUGAAUAUUAAAAA